AUGGGUCCCAUUGAAUUCAACAAGAAGCGGAUUCUCCUGCUCAUCGCGGGUGUCCUUGCGUUCUAUAUUGUCUUCCAUGGUCUCUCCUUCUCGAGUACCGACUUCAGCGAUAUCGCCUCACAACUACCAAUCCCGAACCACCUAACCCCGACCGAACACAAACUGCCGCCUUCAGCGCCAGAUCCAGAUGAGAUAUGGGAUCUGACCCCUACACCAUCACUGGUGCCGGCACCCGAGGAUGCCGCUGAAUCCGAUGCGCCCGUGUCGGUGCCACCAGUACAACGCUUCGACUUGCACCCGAUCGCGCAGCUGAUGCAAACAGCCGAUGCGCAAUGGCGAACCUACGAGACCGCGGUCUCGACGACUUUCAGGCAGACGGUGGAGAAAUACCGAAGCAAAUAUGGCAGACAUCCUCCGCCAGGCUUCGCCGAAUGGUACAAGUUUGCGCGCAAGAGGAACGUGUUCAAUAUCGACGACUUUGAGCAGAUAAUGGAUGACCUGCGGCCGUUCUGGGCGGUCAACGCUUCCGAGAUCCGUAUUCGUGCAGCUCAUAUGUGGGAGAAUUUCGACUUUGGGGUCUCGGUUGUGCAUAUCCGCGAUCACAAAGUCGUCAAAGUGGAGAAUCCUAGCUGGCGGUCCGAAACAAUGGAGAAGGUGAUUGAAAAGUUCAUCAACCAUCUGCCGGAUAUGGACAUUCCCAUGAAUCGGCUGGAUCAGCCACGAAUGGUCGUGCCGUGGGAAGAUAUGCAGCAACAUCUACGAGUCGAGUACGACACUCGGGUGAUGCCACCCGAGGUCAUGGACAGCUUCACGAAGGACCAGCUUGACUUACGCGACAUGAGCAUUCUCGACAAGGCUGAUGAUCAUUCGACGCGGCUGGAUGAUGAGUGGUUCUUUGCGCCGGGCAAGCAAUACAUGGAGAUUGCCGCAAAGGGUUGCCCUCCAGAAUCUCCCGCGCGAUCCAACAUGUCCACUGCGGAGGCGGACCGUCUGUACAAGGAGCCCCUUGCAGGUUUUGUUACCAACUUCAACCUGUCAAGUGACCUAUGCACCAUCGGGCCCGCAAUCCAGGACAUGCAUGGCAUGUUGUACUCGGCCAGCAGUAUCAUUGCCUCUCACAAGCUUGUUCCCAUCUUCGGUGAAUGUAAAGUCAACGUCAACAAUGAUAUUCUCUUCCCCGCGAACAUGUACUAUCAGCAUGAUGAUCGAUAUGAUUACAACGACAAAGAAGAUCUGGAUUGGCGCGAGAAGCAGGACACCAUCAUUUGGCGUGGCGUUACCUCUGGCGGUGUUCAAUUAGCUGAUAACUGGGACCGAAUGCAUCGCCAGCGUCUCGUCCGGCUUCUCAAUGGAACCUAUAUGGGUAUGGCAGCCGAAGAGGUCAAAGUCCUCAUGGAGAAGGAUACUGGACCAGAGAAGGUCAACACCACCUACGAGCCAUUUGAGAGAUUCCGGCCGUCCGAAUUCAUCAAACAGCACAGCGACGUUGGAUUCACCGAGCCCAUGUCCUGUAUCCCCAAUUGCUCGUUCUACAACGAUCACUUCACCUGGGUACCGCCCGUAUCGCUCACCUCACAAUUCAAAUCGAAGUACCUGAUCGAUGUGGACGGGCAUUCCUUCUCAGGCAGGUGGCACGCUUUCUUACAGAGCAAGAGUCUCGGACUGAAGGCCACCAUUUUCCGAGAAUGGCAUGAUAGUCGGCUUCUGGCAUGGCGACAUUUUGUUCCAGUGGAUAAUCGAUACGACGACCUCUACGCAUUGUUGACGUACUUCAUCGGCUAUGGCAAGCCUUACAAACAGCACGCCGACGAGGGCGCAGACCUCAACUCGCAGGUCUUCAUCGCUCCGCACGAUCAAGAGGCCCAGAAGAUUGCGAGACAGGGUCGUGAAUGGGCGAACAAAGUACUGAGGCGAGAAGAUAUAGAGGUAUAUAUGUUCCGACUCCUAUUGGAAUAUGGCCGCUUGAUCGAUGAUAACCGAGAUUAUAUUGGAUAUUCGGGCGACGGCAGUGAGUUGGAUAAGUUCGAUGCCGGUGAGGAGAAUGAUGGGCGAUGGGGCAUAGGAGGAUGGAGGUGA